CAGUCUCCCACUCUCGCCCGCCUCUCCAGCAGGAUGCGCAGCCUCCGGGGCCUCCUCGCCGUCUCCGGCCACAUCACCGGCCGCCAAACACCGUCGAGCGGCGCCGCCGCCUCCGCCCACAGCGCCCUAUUCGUUCGCGCCCUCCAGAUCCUCUCCCAGCCGGAGCCCGUCCGCCUCCACAAGCUCUCCGCCCCCGACACCGGGAUCGUGGAACUGAGGCUGGAGCGGCCGGAGGCCAGGAACGCCAUCGGGAAGGAGAUGCUCAGGGGGCUGCGGAGCGCGAUGGACACGGUGGAGGCUGACCCCACGGCCAACGUCCUGCUGCUCGCGAGCUCCGUGCCCAAGGCCUUCUGCGCGGGCGCUGACCUCAAGGAAAGGAGGUUAAUGGGCCUUUGCGAAGUCCGGGAAUUUGUUAAUUCCUUGAGAGCUACAUUCUCGUCCUUUGAGGCACUCCCCAUCCCUACAAUUGCUGUUAUUGAAGGAGCUGCUUUUGGUGGUGGACUAGAAUUGGCUCUUUCGUGUGAUCUUCGUAUAUGUGGGGAAAGUGCAACAUUCUGUUUGCCAGAAACCGGCCUUGCUAUUAUUCCUGGAGCUGGAGGAACACAGCGUCUUCCUAGGAUUGUUGGAAGGUCCAGAGCAAAGGAAUUGAUAUUCACUGGCCGUAGAUUUGAUGCGAUGGAAGCUGUAACUAUGGGAGUAGUAAACUACUGUGUUCCUGGUGGUGAGGCUUAUCAAAAGGCUCUUGAACUUGCCCGGGAGAUAAAUGGGAAAGGUCCAUUAGCGAUAAGGAUGGCCAAGAAGGCCAUCAAUCAAGGGAUGGAGGUAGACCUGUCCUCUGCACUGACUGUCGAAGAAGAAUGCUAUGAGCAAGUUCUGGACACUCAGGAUCGUCUUGAAGGUCUAGCUGCAUUUGCCGAGAAAAGAAAACCUUUGUACACAGGAAAGUAAGCUCGUAUUCAAGUCACUCGUUUGGACUCUUAUCUCCUGACCGCUAGAAGGAUUGUAAAAUGUGAGAGAUUCAUGUAUUUCAUUGUAAAUUUCAGAUAGUAAGAUGCAUCUGGCAUGCUAGUAUGCUACUAUUUGCAAGUGAAUAGUGCAUCUUAUGCACCCAUAGAAUUGA